CGCUCAGUGGCGAAUGGUCAUAUUUCGAGCGCGGACGGACCAACGGUGUUCUUCGGCUGCGGCCUGAACGAUAAAAUCAGAAGACACCACUAAAGACGACCAAAAUCGAGGAGACUUCUUUGCCAUAAAUCAACCGCCGAAGACAUUGUACCAAUACAUCACGGUCGUAAUGUGCGUGACAACGUGACGGCGUCGCCGAGGUGUGCAGUGCUCCGCAGUACUGAAAGAUGGGGUGCUCCUUCAUCAUUUCUUCGGGGUGACUUCGGGGUGGAAAGCCGCGAAGAAGGGACAUGGCCUGCUACCUAUUCGCGGCUACGGUCACUUUGCUGUGGCUCGCCUCAGCUACUGGCCUCGAUCCCUUAAAUCAAUACUUCGACCUGUUCGAAUCUCUGGAUCUGCACAAUACGUCUCGGCCUGGUGUUAGAGGUUAUUACGAUAAACUUCCACAUCAAUUGGUGCCUGCAUAUUCACUACAAGGAAACGACCGGGAGUUAAAGCUACCGUCUAGUGCUUUGAAGAAGAUUGUGAAUUUGCUGCAGGAUUCAAACGAAUUUACGAUUUCGGCGUAUGUGCGUCAAGAAGUGCAAAAUGUGGGUGCUAUAGUGAGUUUCGCGCGCGGCGACAACCGUUACUUGGAAUUGCAAUCGAGCGGGCGAAAAAAUGAGAUUCGGUUCCAUUACACAUCGGCAGUGGACUCGAAAGUGUACGUGGAGACAUUUCCGUAUCGGCUCGCGGACAACGAGUGGCACCAAGUGGUUGUGUCCGUGUCGGGUUGGCAGGUCCAACUCUUCGUGGACUGCAAGUCGCUUUAUAAGCGUCUGCUACGUCCAGGCGUUUUGGCCAAGAACUUUUCCGAUACCCAGCUAUGGGUUGGCCAACGCUACAAUCUCUUCUCCUUCAAGGGUGCCAUGCAGGAGGUGCGGGUGAUAACAGGUCCUCUAAGCUACUUGACGGCGUGCCCAGCUGCGGAUGGUUCGUGCCCAACUUGCGGACAAUUCAGCUUACUACAGGAUACGGUGGUGGAGCUACGACGGAGACUAACGGAGCUUUCCGAAAGGUUGGUAGCAGCGGAGGGGCGUAUCAGUAGGGUGGAAGAGUGCGACUGCCAGAAGUCCUGCCUACGCAACGGGACCAUUCAUGUCGACGGAGAAACAUGGAAGGAGGGCUGUGACCACUGCACUUGCGUGCAUGGUGAAGUAAAAUGUCGACCAACAGAGUGUCCGCCUGCAGAUUGCAAAUAUCCAGUAACACUUAACGGUUCCUGCUGCCAAACCUGUUUAAAAAAAUGUUACAUGUUAGGUAAAUUCUACGACGAUGGCGUUUACGUUCCCUUAAAACCUUGUACCGGAUGUAUUUGCAACAACGGAAAUAUGAACUGUACGAAGAUAGACCCGAACACUUGUCCACCAUUACCCUGUCCACCAGAAGAACAAUUCAGUAGAAGAGAUGAAUGUUGCAAAGCAUGCCAAGGAGUGGAUUAUUGUGCUAAAGGAGACUUUUGCCAUGCUAACGCUACAUGUCGAAAUUUAAUGACAACUCAUGCUUGUCACUGCAAUGUUGGCUUUCAAGGAGACGGCUAUAAAUGCGAGGACAUCGACGAGUGUCUAGAGGAAGGAGGUCUUCACGGUCAUCACUGUCAUCUUAACACGAAAUGCGUCAAUAUCAUAGGGUCGUAUGAAUGCGAAUGUCUUCCGGGAUACAAGAGGGUGGACAAAUUCAAUUGCGCAGAAUUGGACGAAUGCAGUUCGGGGAAACACGAAUGCGACGUCAACGCAAAUUGUAUUAACACCCAAGGGAGCUACCAUUGCGUUUGUAGGGAUGGUUAUAUCGGCGAUGGAAGAAAUUGUAGACCGGUUUGUCUUCAAGGUUGUCUUAAUGGAGGAACUUGUGUACGACCGGGGAAGUGUUUGUGCAGGCAUGGAUACACAGGAAGGAGUUGCGAAAAAGAUGUUAAUGAGUGCGCAACAAACACUCACGGUUGUAAAGGAUCCUCAGUUUGUGUAAAUAUGAUUGGGUGGUAUUAUUGUCAAUGUAAACCUGGGUAUUUUAGCCCAGUUGAAAAUAACGCGUUAGGAGAAUAUUGCCAAGAUGUGGAUGAGUGUCAAUCAGGAGAACAUACUUGCCACCCAACUGCUCAAUGCAGAAACUCAAACGGUGGUUUCUUUUGUGUUUGCCCCGAUCAAGCAAAAGACUGCCUAAAUUGUAUCUAUAAAGGCCAAGAAAUUAAUCAUGAUCAAUACGUAAUUCCGGAAGAUAAACCAUGCACUAGGUGUUCGUGCAAUUAUGGAGUAGUAACGUGCGAAGAACCUGCGUGUAACUGUUCGUUACCCGGAAGUGAAACGAACGAAUGUUGUCCGCAGUGUAAUCCUAAAUUAGGAUGUCGCCAUCAAAAGCUUUCAAAUGUAAUUUUUCGACACGGAGAACAUUGGUCGUACGAUUGCCAACAUUGCGAAUGUGAAAGAGGUGAAAUCGACUGUUGGGAUAUGAAGUGUCCUCCUCUUCCAUGCAAGAAUCCCAUUAAAGGUGAUUCAGACUGUUGCCCACAUUGCGAUGACUUCGAUCUUUGUUCCUUGGGGAACGUGUCUUUAGCGGCAUCUGGUCGACCGUGUUUUUACCACGGGAAGCAGUAUAAUUCGGGCGCACAAAUCUUGAAUCCAGAUGACCCGUGCGUGUCAUGCGACUGUAAGGUGCCGUUCUGCGCCCAUCUGGUGAGCAAUGUCGCGUGUUGUGUGCAUCGGACGGAAGCCUUUGUUGCAGCUAUAGCGACAAUUGCAAUGACAAUAACGAAGGAGUCUCUCGACAAUAUAUUAGUGCAAGUGAUAGCGAGAGUGCAUUGGUUAGUGACGUUCCGCGACGCAUUAACGACGGUGACGUUUCGACGCCUGAUGGCGGUUGAAAAUAGCGGGGUGCGGUGAGGUGAAAAGUUACACCGACGGUCUCUACAUUCCUCGGAAGGCAUCAUAAUAGGACUUACAGUAUAAAUUUUUCGGUGCGAAACGGCGGAGAUUGCGGAGGCGAGAAGAAAAUAACAGGAAAAUAAAAAAUAAGUAAAAUGUAAUGUAAAGCGAAACAAAAAUAAAACCGAUAGAAAAAAAAUGUAGAUAAGGCGACUAAAUACUACUAAGAAAUUGAAAAAAUUAAUAAAAAUAGAGCAGUACCCGCCUGCCGCUUGCUAGGCCAUCUUUUUAAAUGAAAAAAAAGUGUCUUCCUAGUUAAUCUAGCCAGGCAGAUUGAAAUAAUCGAUGCAGCUUUUAUUAUUGUUGUUAAACUGACGCCCAGCUGCAAAAAUAAUAAGUAAAACGAAAAAAAAAUA